GGGCCAGGGCCGGAUUCUCCGCUGUCCCAGGUCCUGGAGCACUCCCGCCGGGCAGGUCUGGCUCCUGCCCUGCAGGCCCCUCCCUGGCUGGCCCGGCCCCAGGGUGAGCACGGCCGGACGCCCCAGGCUGGGCGGCCGCGGUCGGGCCUCGCCCCAGAAGCUGCGCUCCGGGGCAGGCGUCCGCGGGGGGGCCCCCCGGCGGACUCAGCGCCAUACUGACCCCGGGGCUGCCUCCCGGGAGGUUCCGAGGGCGAGGGCGAGGGUUUUGUGCUCACUCCUGCCUGGGUGCUUCUGUUGGCGCUCCUGCGAGAACAUGGUGCAGAAGUACCAGUCUCCUGUCCGCAUCUACAAGUACCCAUUUGAGCUGGUCAUGGCGGCCUAUGAGAAGCGCUUCCCCACCUGCCCGCAGAUCCCCGUCUUCCUGGGCAGCGAGGUCCUGCGCGAGUCCCGCAGCGCAGACGGGGCGGUGCACGUGGUGGAGCGGAGCUGCAGGUUGCGCGUGGAGGCCCCGCGGCUGCUGCGCAAGAUUGCCGGCGUAGAGCACGUGGUCUUUGUGCAGAGAAACGUGUUGAACUGGAAGGAGAGGACCCUCCUCAUUGAAGCCCACAAUGAGACCUUCGCCAACCGCGUGGUGGUCAACGAGAACUGCAGCUACACUGUCCACCCCGAGAAUGAAGAGUGGACUUGCUUUGAGCAAUCCGCCUCGCUCGACAUCCGGUCCUUCUUUGGCUUCGAAAGUGCCUUGGAGAAGAUCGCCAUGAAGCAGUACACAGCUAACGUCAAGAGGGGGAAGGAGGUGAUUGAGCAUUACCUGAACGAGCUUAUCUCCCAGGGCACCUCUCACAUUCCCCGGUGGACGCCUGCCCCCGUCCGAGAGGAGGACGCCCGCUCCCAGGCUGGCCUGAGAGAUCCGGGCUCCCUGGAGGUUGACGGGCCCAUCGGUGCUCCAGGCCCUGCGCCUGAGGUGGUGGUUACAGACGGGGACAAGCUAGAUGCAGACUACAUUGAGCGCUGCCUGGGUCAUCUCACACCAAUGCAGGAGAGCUGCCUCAUCCAGCUGCGACACUGGCUGCAGGAGACCCACAAAGGCAAGAUUCCCAAAGAUGAACACAUCCUUCGGUUCCUGCGGGCUCGUGACUUCCACCUGGACAAGGCCCGGGAGAUGCUGCGCCUGUCCCUGAGCUGGCGAAAGCAGCACCAGGUGGAUUUCCUCCUUCAGACCUGGCGACCCCCUGCUCUCCUGGAGGAAUUCUAUGCGGGGGGCUGGCACUACCAGGACGUAGAUGGCCGCCCCCUCUAUAUCCUGCGCCUGGGCCACAUGGACACCAAAGGCUUGAUGAAGGCCGUGGGGGAGGAGGCACUGCUGAAGCAUGUUCUUUCCGUCAACGAGGAAGGACAGAAGAGAUGUGAAGGGAACACAAAGCAGUUUGGCCGUCCCAUCAGCUCCUGGACCUGCCUGGUGGACCUGGAGGGUCUCAACAUGCGGCAUCUGUGGCGGCCGGGGGUGAAGGCCCUGCUUCGGAUGAUUGAGGUGGUCGAGGACAACUACCCUGAGACCCUGGGCCGGCUGCUCAUCGUGAGAGCCCCCCGCGUCUUCCCGGUGCUCUGGACGCUGAUCAGCCCCUUCAUCAAUGAAAACACCAGGCAGAAGUUCCUCAUCUACAGUGGCAGCAAUUACCAGGGCCCCGGAGGCCUCGUGGACUACCUAGAUAAAGAAGUGAUCCCCGACUUCCUUGGGGGAGAGUGUGUGUGUAAUGUCCCCGAAGGAGGGCUGGUCCCCAAGUCCCUCUAUCUGACAGAAGAGGAGCAAGAGCACACAGACCAGCUGCGGCAGUGGAGAGAGACUUACCAGUCGGCCAGCGUUCUCCGAGGGGCCCCCCAUGAGGUUGCCGUGGAGAUUCUGGAGGGCGAGUCAGUCAUCACCUGGGACUUUGACAUCCUGAGGGGGGACGUGGUGUUCAGCCUGUACCACAGCAAGCAGGUGCCCAAGCCUGGACCCCAGGAGCCUGGGGCCAGGGCCGGCGGGCAGCUGACGGACAAGGGCUGGGUCCUAGGUGUGGAUUACAGCCGUGUGGAAGCCCCCCUUGUCUGCCGGGAAGGGGAGAGCAUCCAGGGCUCCCAUGUGACCCGGUGGCCUGGCACCUACUUGCUCCAGUGGCAAAUGCACAGCCCCCCUGGCAAUGUGGCCUGCAGCAUCCCGGGUGUGGAGGAUGUCCUGACGGCCCUGCACAGCCCUGGCCCCAAGUGCAAACUCCUCUACUACUACGAGGUGCUGGCGUCUGAGGACUUCAGGGGCUCCAUGUCCAGCCUGGAAUCCUGCACCAGCGGCUUCUCCCAGCUCAGUGCCACCACUUCCUCCUCUUCUGGCCAAUCCCACAGCAGCCCCUUGGUCUCCAGAUAGCUGGGACUGAGCCCUGUGGGGCAGCCCGCUCGCCUCCCACGUUUCAAGUGUCCGUGAGGUCUGGGACCACGUGGGCUUCAGCCCUGGGUCUGGACACUAAGUGGGGGCAUCUGGAGCCGAUGGCAAUGAUCCAGCUCAUGCACUCUUCAGGAUGCAAGACAGAACCAUCUCCUUUGGGCUUCAUGUGAGGAAAAGCCAAGGAAUGGUUGGGCCACCUUUGGGCCUGCCUGGUCUGGGAGCUCAGGGAUGUCAUCAGGCUCAGCACCCCCUCUCCACCUCUGGCUCUUUCCCUGGGGCAGCCUCCUUCUCAGGUGCCUUCCCCACACAGAGGGCCCCAUCACCAUUAGGCUCCCUCUCUCCUCCCAGCUCAGCUGUGGAAGAGAACCUCUCUCCCCCAAAGUUCGAUCCAACCUCCCAGAACUGAGUCUAAUCAGUCCGUCUGGGUCCCACACUAGUCCUUGAACCAAUCACAGUUGCCAGGGGAAAAAAGAACACAGACUGGCCAGUAGGUUUCUGUCUACGAUCUGGACCAAUCACCAUACAGGGAUGGGGUUUCAGUGAUUGGCCUACCUGGACCACAUGCCUGUUCCCGAAGCCAACCACCUGGUUUGAAAAUCAUAAGGAGGUUGCCUCUAGGAAUACUGGGGUACCUGACAGGAAGAAGAGGGAAAGAAUGCUGGGUAGGCAGAAAUGAUUGGCGUUCACAUCUGAUUCCCUAGCGAUGCCUUGUGUCCCAGACAUGCAUGGUGAACAGUUAUAUGAGUU